AUGAAAGUCAUCGUCGCUGAUGGGGCUGCUGGUGGAGCUACCGCCGCCGAGGCCGCCAGUGGAACUUCUGUCGCUGAUGGAGCUGUUGCUGCCGCCGAUGGAGCUGCUGCUGCCGCCAUUGCAGCUGCCGCCGGGGUUUCUAUUGCUAGAGGGGUUGCUGAUGGUGCCGCCAUUGGGAAGAUGGAGCGGAAUGCGGAUGAAAAGGAGGUCGCCGGAAGGCAUGAGAUCAUUAAGGCUCCAUCAACUGAGACACCUCUUAAGAUUAGAAACAGCUCAAGAUGGUACCCAUAUUUCAAGGAUUGUGUUGGGGCUAUAGAUGGCACUCACAUCUAUGCUAGAGUCCCAGCUAAGAUGCAAUCAGCAUUUAGGGGGAGGAAACACUAUACAACUCAAAAUGUCCUAGCUGCAGUGGACUUUGAUUUGAAGUUCACUUAUGUGUUGGCUGGCUGGGAGGGUUCUGCACAUGAUGCCACCAUUCUAGCAGAUGCACUAGAGAGAGAGGAUGGUUUAAGUGUUCCAGAAGGGAAGUUCUAUCUGGUAGAUGCUGGAUAUGCAUGCCGUCCUGGAUUCCUACCUCCUUACAGGGGUACUAGAUAUCAUCUUAAUGAGUUCGGUGGUAGAAAUUACCCAACCAAUCCAAGGGAGCUGUUCAAUUUGAGGCAUUCUAGUCUACGUGUUACGGUUGAAAGGGCUUUUGGGGCUUUAAAAAAUAGAUUUCGCAUUAUUGACAACAAACCUUUUCAUCCAUUCAAGACACAAGUGAAGUUGGUCCUUGCUUGUUGCAUCUUACAUAAUUGGAUUAUGGGGCAUGGACCUGAUGAGGUUAUUCCUCUUGAGUCCACAUGGGAGCCUAAUUCUGUUAAUGGACAUGGGGUCCCUGUUGAUGACAAUGCAACUUGGGCUUCUGUUAGAGAUGAAUGGGCUAAUGAAAUAUGGGCUAGUAGGGGUAAUGCACAUUUGUAG